AGCUUGUUGUAGUUAAUAAGCUCCUAUUUGUCGUGUAAAACCAACUAAAGUGACUGCCCAUCCAUAACCCUAAUAGCAACCCCAGCACCUUUCCUUGUUCCUCUUGUUUGGUGAUUCUUUCCUUCUUUAAGACCUUCUUCUCUCUCCCUCCCUCUCUCUCUGUCUCGUCUCUUUUCACCUCAUUAAUAUUAAUUACAUGAUCAAAUAUAAUUAAGCUCAACCGAUAUACACUUAUUUACAUGGAUGAUCAGACCGGUGGGGGCUCUAGUGCUGAUGAUGCCCCCUCUUGUCCACGUGGACACUGGAGGCCUGCUGAGGAUGAUAAGCUCCGGCAGCUCGUCGCGCGGUAUGGGCCCCAGAACUGGAAUUCUAUUGCUGAGAAGUUGCAAGGAAGAUCAGGGAAGAGCUGCAGAUUGAGGUGGUUUAAUCAGCUAGACCCGAGAAUCAACAGGAAGCCUUUUACAGAAGAGGAGGAAGAGCGGCUGCUUGCAGCUCACCGAAUACACGGAAACAAAUGGGCGCAUAUAUCUAGACUGUUUCCAGGCCGAACUGAUAAUGCUGUCAAGAAUCACUGGCAUGUAAUCAUGGCACGAAAACAAAGAGAACAAUCCAAGCUAUGUGGCAAACGAAGCUGCCCCGAUUUAAUUAGUGCUCCUGAUCAUGUUCAUCGUCCGAAUAAUAAUAGCUCAAAAAUUUGCUGCACCAACACUCAUUUCCUGGAGUUCCAGAAUUAUAAGAAAAUGGAUUCGAGUACUUCGUGGAACUUCAGACCAUCAGCUUCCAAGGAUCAUGCAGGUAACGCAGAUAGAGGCGGCGUAAAUUAUUCCAGCUCAAAUGAAUUUUUUAGAGGCAGUGCUUCCUCAAGCACGCCUCUUUUACAUCACCCCUAUCAUCUGAGUCCUUCGGUUAGUCGAGGUACAUUAUACCGCGAUUUUGGUUCACGGGCAAUCUCGGGUUACAAGAUGCUACACUCUAAGCAUGGUGAUCAAGAAAGCAUGAAUAGGGCCAUGGUGAGUCUAGGUAACAAUCAGCAAGUAAGGGAAGAUGAAUCCAUCAUACAGAAGGAGAUCCCCUUCAUAGAUUUUCUUGGUGUUGAAUCUCUGAAUUCUUGAUGGUCGUUUAUUUAUUAUAAUUUACUACUAGCUAGUUCAUACUAGUAGUGUAUUAUGUUGGAUCAGUACAUAGAAAAUAGUUCCAGUUUUAUGAACUGCACCAUCCUGGCUCUCCUUGAAAUUUUGUUUAGGUGCUAUAAAAUAUGAAGAAUGAGCUAGAGAGCAAUAUAACGAACAUCAUUUCUGCUUCUUUUUUUCUAAUUUUGAUCAAAUAAACAUACAUUCGGAGUA